AUGAGUGUUUCACCACCACCAGAUACUACUCCUUCAAUACAUGAGGAAACCUCCUCCUCAUGUAUUGAUCAACAACAAGAACAACUGCCACAAUCAUCAAAAGAAUAUCAAGACAAUGAGCAAGAAGAAGAAGAAGAUAUCAAGACAAAACAAACAUCUGAUUCCAUCCAAGACAAUAAUGAUGCUGCCAAUGAAGAUGUAGCAGAUGAUAAUUUAUCAGAAGCAUCAACUGAAGAGUCGGGUGAAGAGUCAUCAGAAGAAACAAAAACAAACCCAGCAGAUGAUAAUGAUGAUGAACAACAAAAUGAUGUUGAACUUGAAAAUAAAGAUGAUGCUAAUGAACAUCAAGACAAUUCCAAUGACAAUGACAAUGACAAUGACAAUGAGGAUAGUAAACAAGACAAUAAUAGUGAUAGUGAUAUGAAACUUGAUAUACCAGAUGCACCAGAUGCACCUACUUCUGAAUCAGAAAAACAAGAACAAGAACAAGAACAAGAACCAACAAAUGCUGAAGAUACUAAUGAUGAUCAAGAUAAAAUGGAUAUAGAUAUUCCUCAAGAAACAUCAAUUGCUAUUACAACAAAUACAGAAAAUUCCAAUAUUGAAGAAUAUGAAAAAGAAGAAUCUAAACAAGAAUUGGGUGAAGAUGAAGAAUUAAAACAUAUUCAAGAAGAUGAUCCUUCAUUUGAUGAGAAUUAUAAUACUAAUGAUCCUGAUAAAUCUAAUGAUGAUUUUGAUACAUCAGUUUUAAUAAAUGGAGAAGAUUUCAAUAUGGAAAUUGAUGAACUAGAUUAUUCAAAAGAUCAAGAAUCUGAGUCUAAGAACCAACAAAUUGAAAUUCAAGAAGGGAAUAAGAAGAAGAAUAAUAAUUCUGAAUCAACAGAUGAUCAGAAAGAAUCUGAGGUUAAAGAAGAAAGUACAGAAGUUAAAAAACCAAAUGAAUCAAAACAAUCCACAGAAAUACCUUCAACUUUAACUUCAUCUUCUGUUCCUAAUGCUGAUGCUGAUGCUGAUGCUGAUGCUUUAGCAACUGAAUCUACUUUUUCAAAUCAAGACACUAAUACUGCUGAUUUAGAAAUAAAAACAAACACAACUGAUAAAGAUGUUGAUAUGGACCAAAAACAAAAACAAAAACAAAAAUCAGAAUCAGAAUCAGAAUCAAAAGAUAAAAAUGAAGAAGUACAAGAACAAGAAGAAGAAGAAGAUGAUGAUGAAGAAGAUGACGACGAUGAGGACGAACAAGAAGAAGAAGAAGAAGAAGAACCACCAAAAGAAAAACCUCAAUUUAAACAAACUCAUUUAAUCAUUAUACCUUCAUAUUCCAGUUGGUUUAAUAUGAAAAAAAUUCAUAAAAUUGAAAAAGAAUCAUUACCAGAAUUUUUUGAUUCAAUUCAUCCAUCUAAAUCACCUAAAUUAUAUGUUAAUUAUCGAAAUUUUAUGAUUAAUUCUUAUCGAUUAAAUCCUAAUGAAUUUUUAACUUUAACUUCAUGUCGUCGUAAUUUAGUUGGUGAUGUUGGAACUUUAAUGAGAGUUCAUAGAUUUUUAAAUAAAUGGGGGUUAAUAAAUUAUCAAGUUAGACCUCAAUUUAAACCUGGUUAUGCCCUUGAAAAAAUGCCUAAUGGUCAAUCAAUGGAUUUACCUUAUACAGGAGAUUAUCAUGUUAAAUUUGAUACACCAAGAGGUCUUUUCCCCUUUGAUACUUCACGUAUACCUGUUGAAAGAAUUGAUGUAAAAAAAUUACAACAAUUGUUGAAUGAAAAAAAUGGUAAUAAUUCUUCAGAAGUUAAACAAGAACAACAAGAAAAGGUGGAACAACAAAAUGGUAAUAAUAAGAAUAAGAAACAUGGAUUAGAAGAAGAAGAAAGUGAAGAAGAAGUGCCACCAUUAAAGAAAAAACAUCAAGAUGGUUGGACCAAAACAGAAGAAGAUACUUUAAUUAAUGCCAUUAAAACUUUUAAAAAUGAUUGGUAUAAAAUUGCUCAAGUUGUUGGCAAUAAUAAAACUCCUGAACAAUGUAUAUUUAAAUUUUUAAAAUUACCUUUAGAAGAUAAAUUUAAUCCUAUUAAAGAUGAAGAUGAAUCAAAUAUUAAAUUAUUAAAAUAUGCAUCUAAUUAUAAUUAUCCUAUUAAUUCAAUUGAUAAUCCAGUAUUAGCAAAUUUAGCAUUUAUGACAAAAUUAGUUGAUAAUAAUGUUGCUAAAGCUGCUAGUGAAGCAGCUAAAAAAGCUAUGGAUGAAAAUAUUGUCAAAAAAAUUAAUGAAGUUUAUAAUAACCAUAAGGAGAAUUCAACAACAACUACACCAACAACAACAACAACAACAACAACAACAACCAAUAAUAAUGGGCAUGGGAAUGUUGAUAUUAAUGCAGAAACUGAACGUGAAUCAAAUACAAAAGAUGUUGCAAUUGCUACAACUUUUGGUAUAAUUGGAGGUAGAAGUCAUUUAUUUUCAAAUUAUGAAGAAAGAGAAAUGUAUAAAAUUAGUUCAAAUAUAAUUAAUUAUGAAAUAUCAAAAAUUGAAACUAAAUUAAAUAAAAUUGAACAAUUGGAAAAAAUUUAUGAACGAGAACGACAAAAUAUUUUAAAACAACAAGAAGAAUUAUUUAUUGAUAGAAUUUCUUUAACAAAAUCAACUAUUGGUAUAAUAAAAAAUUUAGAAGAAGCCAUUAAAUUAAUUGAAUCAGAAUCAAAAUCAAAAUUAGAAUCAAAAUCAGAAUCAAACAAUAGCAAUAGUAAUAGUAAUAACAUAAAUAAUAUUAGUGGAUUAUUAAAUGAAGCUAAAUCAUUAUUAUAUAAACCUACAAGACGAGUAUUAGAACAAAUUAAAAAUGGCAAUAACAAUAAUAAUAGUACCAACAAUAAUACGAACAAUAAUAAUAACAAUAGCAACAAUGAUAAUACCAUUGAUAAUGAUUCUAAUAAAAUAAAUUCAAGUGGUAGUGGUAGUGGUAGUGCCGUUCCUAAUGAUGUUGAAUUACAAAAUGAUAAUUUUAAACCAUUAUCUUUGAAAAGUCCACAAACUUUUAAAAUUUGGGCACCAUGA